CCUCUGCUCCUGCUCGUGUAGUGUACCGCGGGACCCUCCGCAGUUCGCAUAUCCCGUUCCUUCCCGUUUGGCUUUUUGCGCGCACGACGUCUGCGGCGCAGUGAUUCGGUGAGCCAGUCCUCUGCGCACGCUGCGAGCUUUUGGAUGAAAGCUGGACUCUUUCCAUAGUGUUCUGAUGGCGACACAGAGCUGCUUCUGUCCCGGUGAUUAUUUGUAGAAGAAGAAGAUAUUCAAGCUUCUUUUUUGCUUCUUCUUCUCUCUUUUUUCAUUCUUCUCACAUACUCAUUUACAAGACAAUGUGGGACGCGCGUUCUCUGCGCGGCGUCCGCGGAGUGCUCUCUUCCGUCGCGGCCGCUUGACCAGAGGGGCAUCCCGGCUCCCGUUUCACCCUCUACUUCCACAGGAACAACAGGACUUUGCAUGCAAAAGGUGGUUUAUCUCGGCAAGCCAUGGAGGGACUUGCCUAAAGAGGAUCCAACAUAGUUAAACACUUUUUGACCUUUUUUUUCUUCUAUUUUCCUUUUUUAUUUGUCAUCCUGAGACAUCUUUCCCAAUAAGUCUCCUUCUCCAUCAUCAUGGCCGAGAAGCUUGGACCAGCAGGGCUCAAGCCCACCAACAUCCAAACGGCUCCCUCCCUGCCCCCAGAGCCCAUCGACAUCCGCAACAAAGCCCGCUCCCGUAGAGUCCGCCUUAACGUUGGGGGUCUGAACCACGAAGUCCUUUGGCGGACCCUGGACAGGCUACCCAGGACCCGGCUCGGCAAGCUUCGAGACUGCAACACCCACGAGUCCCUGAUGGAAGUCUGCGACGACUACAGCCUGAACGAAAACGAAUACUUCUUCGACCGGCACCCGGGGGCCUUCACCUCCAUUCUGAACUUUUACCGCACGGGCAAACUACACAUGAUGGAGGAGAUGUGCGCCCUUUCUUUCGGCCAGGAGUUGGACUACUGGGGGGUUGACGAGAUCUACCUGGAGUCCUGUUGCCAGGCCCGUUACCACCAGAAAAAAGAGCAGAUGAACGAGGAGCUUCGGAGGGAGGUAGAGACAAUGAGGGAUAGGGAGGGAGAGAUAGAGUUUGACAACACCUGCUGCCCAGACAAGAGGAAGAAGCUGUGGGAUCUCCUGGAGAAGCCCAGCUCUUCGGUGGCUGCCAAGUUUCUAGCCAUCAUCUCGAUCCUGUUCAUCCUCCUCUCCACCGUCGCUCUGUCUCUCAACACCUUACCAGAGCUCCAGGUCACAGACGAGUUUGGCCAUGCCAACGAUAAUCCCCAGCUGGCCCACGUGGAGGCCGUGUGUAUCUCCUGGUUCACCAUGGAGUACGUCCUUCGGUUCCUCUCCUCUCCCGAAAAGUGGAAGUUCUUUAAAGGCCCGCUGAAUGUUAUUGACUUGCUGGCCAUCUUGCCCUACUAUAUCACACUCUUCCUAACUGAGUCCAACAAGAGUGUGAUGCAGUUCCAAAAUGUGCGCCGUGUGGUGCAGAUAUUCAGGAUCAUGAGGAUAUUGAGGAUCCUGAAGUUGGCCAGGCACUCCACAGGGCUCCAGUCUCUAGGCUUUACUUUGAAAAGGAGCUAUAAUGAACUGGGGCUGCUCAUUUUAUUUCUUGCCAUGGGCAUCAUGAUAUUUUCCAGCUUAGUCUUCUUUGCUGAGAAAGAUGAAGAUGCCACCAAAUUCACCAGUAUCCCCGCCUCAUUCUGGUGGGCAACCAUUACAAUGACUACAGUGGGUUACGGUGACAUAUACCCACAGACUUUACUUGGAAAAAUUGUGGGUGGUCUCUGCUGUAUUGCAGGAGUGCUGGUAAUUGCCCUUCCCAUCCCCAUUAUUGUCAACAACUUCUCUGAGUUCUACAAAGAGCAGAAGAGGCAGGAGAAGGCCAUCAAGAGGAGGGAGGCUUUGGAGAGAGCCAAAAGGAAUGGCAGCAUUGUGUCAAUGAACCUAAAAGAUGCCUUUGCCCGCAGUAUGGAACUGAUGGAUGUGGUGGUGGAGAAAGGAGAAGAAAAGACCUCUAUGGACAACCACCUGUCGCCUAGCCAAUGGGACAGCUCAACCAUGCACGCUUCCUCAGACACCGAUCUGAAAUCUCCGGUUAAAAGAAACCCUGAGCCGCAAAGCUCCCUUCAUCGCAUCACCAUCAACACUACUGGAAGUCUCCAGCAGACAAACCGGACCCCACAGCACCUUAAUGCGCUGAAACUCGAGGAGAUGUAUAACCAGAUGACCAAGUCACAGUCCUUAACCAACCUCAACACUACAAGCUCCAUGAGCACUCUGAGCACAACCAUGACCGCCCCUGUCUCGCCGAAGAAAUCUCAAAGUCCUGAAAAUACAUUAAAAGAGGAUGUAGAGCUGGAGAUGAAGGAGGUUCAACCCUCCUUUACAGAUCAUUUUGCAGGCUGUUCAUCAGACUUUGGUGAACAGGACUCCAACUCAGAUGAAGAAGAUGCUGGGCCCUGUCGAAUCAGACACCCCAUGGCCCCACCCCACCUUGAUUUAAGCCAACUGAGAGCCAUUGAUGACGACAGCUCUCCUGAAAUCAUACUCAAAGAUGGCUUCUAUGAAUCCGCCGACCCAGGUGACGGAUCAGAGCUCCUCAUAGAGGAAGGGGAGAGCUUUAACAGUGCUGUGGAGAAUAUUCAAAGCUCUCCAAGAGGGAAUAACCCUCUUAAAAUAAAGGAGUUACAGGUAAACUUCACCAAGACUUCUGCUGAAGGCCCGCUAACACCGCCCAGCACUACCUCUGCUGGAGACAUCAGCUCCAGCAUCCUGGAAGACGAGACCCCAGAGGAGGAGACAUCACCGCUCAUCCGCAGUACAGAGGAGGAGACCUGCCUGUUGUCCCCGAAGAGGCUGCUGGUAGACACCCCACCUGGCGGUGAAGAUCAAGCCACAGAGAACCACAAGGAGAAGCAUCUGAUGGCAGUGGCGGGAGCUGCAGUUGCACCAUUGUCACCUAAGACAGCAGCACAAAAUUGCACCCAAGGUGUGGUCGGGGCAGGCGGGGAAGACAAUGCUGACAGCAACCAAAGUGGACACAAAGUAGAGAACCACAUGUUUACAUCCGAUAUCAACCUGAUACCCGGGGAUGGAAGCCUCUCUCCGACCUGUGAAACCAGCAUGUGACUGUAAGAGAAGCUCAGAGGGACUACAGGUCCACUGCAACCUCAGCCUGGUGUGUGGGAGAGCAGGAAAGAAAAGACAAGGCUUUAGUUGUAGUGACAGAUAUGUUUGCAUGGCAUGACAAGUCCCUUUUACUUGUGUUGUUGUGAUUUGGCUGAAAAAGAAACUGCAGUGCUCCGUGCAGAUUUAAGAAUGACUCCGGGGCUCAAAGAGGAGGCUCUUGAAAAACAGCGCGACUUCAUCAACUCACGUUGACAUUUUGUUCCUCCCAAUGUACAUAGUAACAGUCUCCUUUUUCUAGCAAAAGAAGGAAAUGCACAGAGGGACGUAUCUGUAAAAAGCAUGCAUUUAAAAAAGACAGAUAUUUUACAGUGCUUAGUUUGCUGAAAGCGCUCCACUGUAAAUAUGAGGACAUCUAAAGCAAUGACAAUGCAAAGGCUGGCAUCAGAAAACUGUCGCUGAAGGUACA